AUGUCCUCCCCACAUGGGAAAUCCCAGAAGGCUCCUAUCGUAGACAUUAGUGACUCAUCAAGCCAAGCAUCUGAGGACAACGUUCUCCCAAGAGAGCCUCCAAGGACAAAUCGCGUCGCCCUACACUACGCUGCCGAGAAUCCAGACAAGCCAGAUGCGAGGGCGAACGGCCAGUACGGAAUGUUCUCGCAGUGCAGCCCGCUAUCCUCGCACUUGCCGACUAAGACGCCAGCGAAGCGUAAGAGGGUAUCCGGUGGUAACAAGGAAAUGAGAAAUGCUGGCAGAUUGAAAAAGAAUAAGAAACCAGAGAUGAACAAGAUGUCAAGAGAAGAGAGCCCGCUAUUCGAGCCAGAAGAGGGCUGGGGUGCGCAGAUACGGGACGAUAUAGAUGCCGACGCUCUCAUGUUGAGUCCACCAUCGACACUAGCUUCUGAGAACCGCCUGCCAAUGCGCAAAAAGAGUCGAAGUGCUGCUGUUACUAUCCGUACCAGUCGUAGCAAGAGACCAUCCGUCAUCAAAACUAAACCUUCGAGCUUUGAAUCUAACUGCGACUUUGGUUCUAAUGCCAGUUCCAACAUCGUCGUCUCGACGAAACCCUGCCCUGUCAUGACAGCGCCUUCGACAAAGCCCGGUUUCACAACCAAGAUACUGAAGGGAUUCCUAGACAGCUCGCCUCUGUCUGGAGACUACUCUCUCAUCGAUGAAUACAUCGACGUUCUCAACAAGUUAGCCGCUCAAGAUGCUGCGAGCGGUUCACGCAAACGAUCGACCGACGAGCUCGAGAACGAAGAAGCCACUAUUACGCUCGCUAUUGGAGGUCUUCCCGCCGAAGAGAAGCAGCAUCUUGCCGCCAUUGCUCAAGCUUGUGCUAAGGGUAUUCAGGCUGACAUGGCAACUUUGAGCAUAGCUACUGAUAUGUCUGCCAUUCAAGCGGCCAUAGAGACACGCAACAAGGAAGCUGAGGUUUCGCGUCAGAGUGUGCUUGGCAUGAUGACGAAGAGAGCAGAAGAGCUACGUACGGAACGACUGGACAUGCGCCGCAGAAGAGAAGCCGCGUUGGAGGAGUGGGAAGUAAACUCUAACAUUGACACCCUAUCGCUACAGGAGACAAAAGAGCGUUUGGAGAAAGAGGGUAGUAUAGCCGUGGCGGUUGAGCUUGGUAGAAGGAUAGAAAGAUUAGAAAGCGCUGAGUCAAAGAGGAAUUGA